AUGGCAAAGCUCACGCGUCUACCCUGCCCGCCGAUUCCCGUACUCGCGCUCGUGUGCGUCCUUCUUCUGCACGCCGCGCCGCGGCCCGCACUGUCCUCCCGCGCCGCGCCGAGUGACGGUGUCUCUUUCUCCGGCGCAGGCAACUCGAUACAUCAACUGCUCAAAGAUCACGGCCUUCCCGGAGGACUGCUCCCGCGCGGCGUGGAGUCGUACACCCUGGACGAAUCGACCGGCCUGCUGGAGGCGCGGCUGUCGGCGCCGUGCUACGCCACGUACGACAACGGCGACCUGGCCUACUUCGACAACGUGGUCCGCGGCAACCUCAGCAAGGGCGCGCUCCGCGGCGUGGAGGGCCUCUCCCAGGAGGAGCUCUUCGUCUGGCUCCCCGUCAAGGGCAUCCUCGUCCAGGACCAGGAACCCGGGGUCAUCCUGUUCGACAUCGGGUUGGCCCACAAGAGCCUCUCGAGGUCGCUCUUCGAGGACCCGCCGGACUGCAAGCCGUCGGCCGCCGCCGGGAUGAGCGCCGCCGCUGCCGCCAGGUGGAAGGGCAGGCGAGGUGUUACUGGUCUGAGGUUGAGGCGAGAGGUAGCAGAAGACAGUGAAGAGCAUCAGGAGCAGAGGUGA